GAGAGCGUGAGUGGAGCCGGGCUUCGGUUAAAGGAUCGGGGAUCUCGUUUCUCAGGCCGGCUCCCUGCAAAAGCUGCUGUGCCCCGGGAAGCUGCCUCGAGGAGAGCAGGCGUUUCUGCGGGACGUGGGGCGUCGGGUACCUUUCGUAGCGUGAGCCCCACUCCCCAGCUUCCCGGAGGUGUUCGUCCGCGCCAUGGCCGAGCUGAUCCAGAAGAAACUACAGGGGGAGGUGGAGAAAUACCAGCAGCUACAGAAGGACUUGAGUAAGUCCAUGUCAGGGCGGCAGAAACUUGAGGCCCAGCUCACAGAAAAUAAUAUCGUGAAGGAGGAACUGGCCCUGCUGGAUGGAUCCAACGUGGUCUUCAAACUUCUGGGCCCCGUGUUGGUCAAACAGGAGCUGGGGGAAGCUCGAGCCACCGUGGGGAAGAGGCUGGACUACAUCACAGCUGAAAUUAAGCGAUACGAAUCCCAGCUCCGGGACCUGGAGCGGCAAUCAGAGCAGCAGAGAGAGACUCUGGCUCAGCUACAGCAAGAGUUCCAGCGGGCCCAGGCAGGAAAGGCCGGGGCUCCCGGGCAGGCCUAACCUCAGGGGGGCA